AUGCAACAUAAAAAGAUUCUCUUAGUCGUUGACGAUGUGGAUAGUUUGGACCAGUUAAAGAAACUAGCAGGGAGUACUGAUUGGUUUGGUCGCGGAAGCAGAGUUAUCAUAACCACAAGAGAUACGCGUUUGUUGACUAUUCAUGGAGUAAAACCAACAUACGAUGUUCAUGGACUAGGUCAUCAAGAAGCUCUUGAGCUCUUCAGUUCAAAUGCCUUGUUGGAUAUUGAGAAAUUGGAUGCUGAUGAGACACCGAUAGUUACUGAAGUUGUUAACUAUGCUGAAGGCGUUCCACUAGCACUAGAAGUUUUAGGUUCGCAUCUAUGUGAUACCUCUAUACAGAAAUGGCGAGCUAUGUUAGAUGGUUUUAAAAAAGAUCCUCCUAAAAGCAUUCAAGAUAUUCUCUUAAUCAGUUAUGAUGGACUGCAAGAUACAACGCGAAAUGUUUUCCUUGACAUUGCAUGUUUCUUCAAAGGUCAUAACAGAAAUGACGUGAUACAAAUUCUUGAAGGUUGUGACCGCAUCACCCCCGAGCAUAGCAUUGAAGUUCUCGAACAAAAGGCUCUCAUAUCUGUUGGUAGAGAUGGUGCUAUUCGCAUGCAUGAUUUGCUAGAAGAGAUGGGGAAAGUUAAAAUUCUGCAGGAGUCUACGAAGGCCGGUGCGCGAAGCAGAUUGUGGUAUUAUAAGGAUGUGCAGGACGUUCUAACAAAAAACAGAGGAACAAGUAAAAUUGAAGGUAUAAUUGUAAAGAUGCCUACAACAGAUAAGAUACGGUUGAGUCCUAAAUGUUUUAAAAAUAUGAAAAAUCUUAAAAUCUUUAUAAACGUUAAUGGACGGUUUGUUGGAAAGGUCAAGUAUUACUCGGACCAGUUGCGGUUACUUGAUUGGCCUAAAUGUCCCCUAGAAUAUUUGCCCUCCGAUUUUGAUAUGAAGAAAAUGGUGCAGCUUAAUAUGCCUGAAAGCCGCAUAAUGCGUCUUGGAGGAGAAUUCAAGAUAUUAAUAAAUUUUUAG